UGUUUAAAUUUCUCAACAUUUUCUUGAAUAGUAUUAUAAUAAAUGUAUAGUUAAUUUUUAAAACAUUAAAGUUUUUUCCUUUUGUGAUUGUAUUUAAUGUGUUUAAUGUAGAGAUUUGGUGAAAGACUACUAAUAACCCGUUUUUUGAAUGAUCUAAUUCUUUUAGUCGUUGUAAAAGUGAAUAAACCAGCACUAAGUCUUUCGGUGUAUUACCACGGAAAAGGAUUGUCUAAAAGAUCAACGAUAUGGAGACGGACGAAGAGGUGGGUCGAGGCAACCUACUGGACGGCAUGCCGCCCAUCAAUUGCGACACCACCAUAGACGAUGCCGCCUCUACUGGCAACAACGACAUCGGCGAUAUGACCUUCUGCCUUGGCAACUACGUGCCCGAUUUCAUGAAGAUGCUGUUCACGAUGAGAUCACACCAUAUGCUGACCGAUGUUGUGUUGGAAGUCGGCAAUGAACUGUUCCACGUGCAUAAAGUGGUUCUUGCUGCUGGCAGCCCGUACUUUAAGGCGAUGUUCACGAGCGGUCUGAAAGAGAGCGAGAUGUCUCGCGUGCGGCUGCAGGGCGUGUGCCCCUCGGCGAUGGCGUGGCUCGUCUACUUCAUGUACACCGGCAAGGUCCGCAUCACGGAGGUCACCGUCUGCCAGCUGCUGCCCGCUGCUACUAUGUUCCAGAUCUCAAACGUGAUGGAGGCGUGUUGUGCGUUCCUCGAGCGACAACUGGACCCAUCCAAUGCGAUUGGUAUCGCCAACUUCUCCGAGCAGCACGGCUGCGUCAAACUCAAGCAGAAAGCCAACCAGUUCAUUGAGAGGCAUUUCACUGAGGUUUGUCGAGAAGAAGAAUUCCUACAACUAACAGCUCCUGAACUUAUAUCUCUUAUCAGAAAAGACGAACUCAACGUGAGAGAAGAACGUGAGGUUUACAACGCAGUAUUAAGUUGGGUGAAAUACGACGAGGACCGGCGGUACCCUCGCAUGGAGCACAUCCUGCAGGCGGUGCGCUGCCAGUACCUCACGCCCAGCUUCCUCAAGGAGCAGAUGAACACCUGCACCGUGCUCAAGAAGGUGCCCGCCUGCAGGGAAUACCUCGCUAAGAUAUUCAAGGAUCUGACAUUACAUAAAAAGCCCGUAGUGAAGGAGCGGCGGCCGAACACGCCGCGCAUCAUCUAUGUGGCGGGCGGAUACUUCAGACAUUCUAUCGACGUCUUCGAGGCCUUCAACCUGGAUGACAACUGCUGGACCACGCUGCCGCGCCUCACUGUGCCCCGCUCCGGACUCGGCGCUGCAUUCCUCAAGGGGCUGUUCUACGCGGUGGGCGGGCGCAACACCUCGCCGGGCUCCUCCUACGACAGCGACUGGGUGGACGUUUACAACCCCGCCACCGAGCACUGGCGCCCCUGCAGCCCCAUGGCCACGCCCCGGCACAGGGUGGGCGUGGCCGUGAUGGAUGGCCUGUUGUACGCUGUGGGUGGCUCCGCCGGCUCUGAGUACCAUAAAUCUGUUGAAUGCUACGACCCGGAGGCGGACGCGUGGACGCACGUGGCGGCGAUGGGCAGCGCGCGGCUGGGCGUGGGCGUGGCCGUGGUCAACCGGCUGCUGUACGCGGUGGGCGGCUUCGACGGCACGCGCCGCGUGCGCUCCGUCGAGUGCUACCACCCCGAGAACAACCGCUGGAGCGACGUCGCGCCCAUGAACGUCGCGCGCAGCGGCGCCGGCGUGGCGGCGCUGGGGCAGUACAUCUACGUGGUGGGCGGGUACGACGGCGCGCAGCAGCUGGCCAGCGUGGAGCGCUACGACACGGAGCGCGACGUGUGGGAGUGCGCGGCGGCCGUGCACGUGGCGCGCUCCGCCCUCUCGCUCACCGUGCUCGACAACAAGCUCUACGCCAUGGGUGGCUACGACGGUACAUCAUUCCUGGACAUAGUGGAAGUAUACGAUCCGGAGACGAACACGUGGAAGACGGGGACACCGCUAACGUCGGUGCGGUCCGGGCACGCCUCCGCGGUCUGCUACCAGCACGUGGCGCCGCCCGCGGAGCCCCCGGAGCCCGAACCCGCCGUCAUCCGCAAGCUGGGCAAGCGCCCCGCCCCCAAGCCCGGCACCUCCUCCGGCUCCACCUCCACCGGCCGCGCCGAGGAUGUACCCAUGGCUAAUAACAUUAUAGGAACCCUAUCCAAUGAUAGAUACGCCUUAUAGCGCACGGACUCCGCCGCCUAGCUUGUGACGUCACCGAUAAUCAAGCUAGGCGGUUGUCGUGUGACUAUCCUUGGCAUGGACAUUUAUUAUGUCACAGGGGUACACGAUUAUACCCUUAAUAUACAUUUUCAUUCCACGUACCAGUGAAUAAUGUGGCUUUCGCGCAUGGAUUCGAACGUCUAGUGAACAGGUGAUAUGUUAUUAGGACGUGCUCUCGGCGGAUGUUCUAGAAAUGCUUUAAAUGACUAUCGUGUUUAUGGUCAAACAACGAUAUCCGACUUGGUAAGAGACGCUAUCGCGGUUAAUUCGAAAAUGUGUAAAAUCUACAUGAAGCAAAAUAUGACAUGACAGCUACGGUACGAAAGUAUCUUGAAAUAUAUUUUAACAUUGACAGGAGGGCGCUACUGAGCUGUCAUAAUUUGACUUUUCCUACCAGGUCAGAUUAUUGCGGUCUAUGAUUUUGCCUAGACAGAAUGUUCACACAAUAUGAGCUUCCUUAAACUUGUCAUGAGAUGACAAUCCUAACAAAUAAUUUAUUAAAAUAUUUCUAAUAAGUUACACAUUUUUAAU